ACUUAAGUCAUCCUGUGUGCCAGACCGCCUAGGUGCUGCAGCUCCAGGAGCAGAGGAGCUGUCAUCUGCUUCCCCCCUCCCCCCGUGGGUCUGAUGCCCUUGGCGACUUCCUAAGAGCAACAGGGGCCCUCAUUUCUUUACAGGGGGCUGUGCCCCCGGGCUCUCCACGCAGUUGCAGAGAGCCAGGACCCGAAUAUUUAAAUCACGAUGGCGUUAAACACGUUUUAAUAUCUGAUAGGGCCAGUUUCUGCGCAUUGCACAUUUUUUUUUCCUUUGAGGAACAUGUUUGGGCCCGCGGCAGGGGGCGGGGUCGCGCCUCCGCCUCGGCUCCGGUUCCAGCAGAGCCUCAGCGACACAGAGAUGGAAAUCCCGAGGCUGCUGCUGGCUCGCCGGACGGCGCAGGGCGGCGGCGGCGGCGGCGGCAGCCCCGCGGGCGGCGGCGGCGGGGUCCACCCAGGCCCCAACUCGCCGGCUUGUCAGGCCCCGGCGCGCCGCCUCCUUCUGCUCCGGGGGGCCCAAGAUGGCGCGGCCAGGCCGCGGAGCGAGGAGGCCCACAGGGCCUCGCGGGGCCCUGGCCCGAGCCCGAGCCCGAGCCCGCUGGCGCCCAGGCCGGAUCUUGCGAUCGGCGGCGGAGGCGACGACUUUUUCCUGUUGCUGCUCGACCCGGUGGGUGGCGACGUGGAAAGCGCGGGCGCGGAGCAGGCCGGAGGGCCGGUGCGGAGGGAGGAGGCCGAGGCGGGCCUGGGGCCCCAGCGGGGCGAGAGCGGCGCGCGGCCCGCCGGCCGCCCCGCGCUAGCCCCCCGCCGGCUGUCGGCCGUGGCGGCGGCCCCGGUGCCCGUGUCGGUGCCCGUGCCGGUGCCGGUGCCCGUGCCCGUGUCGGUGCCGGUGGCGGGCCCCGUGCCGGGCCUGAGCCCCGCGCCGGGCCCCGCGGCGGCCUUCGCGGGCACCAUCACCAUCCACAACCAGGACCUGCUGCUGCGCUUCGAGAAUGGAGUCCUGACCCUGACCACGCCCCCGCUGCCCGCCUGGGAGCCCGGGGUCGCGCCUUUCCCGCAGCCGCAGCCUGGGAGUCCGGCCGCCCCGCCGGCCGGCUUCCCGCACGCCGCUGCGCAGCUGGGCGACUGCCCCGAGCUGCCGCCCGACCUCCUGCUGGCCGAGCCGGCCGAGCCCGCGUCGGCGCCCGCGCCGGCGCCCGAGGAGGAGGCGGAGGGCCCGGCCGCGGCCGCCCAGAGCCCCCGCGGGCCGCUGGUGCCCGGCCACCCGGGCGUGGUGCUGUACCUGUGCCCCGAAGCGCAGUGCGGACAGACGUUCGCCAAGAAGCACCAGCUGAAGGUGCACCUGCUGACGCACAGCAGCAGCCAGGGCCAGCGGCCCUUCAAGUGCCCCCUGGGCGGCUGCGGCUGGACCUUCACCACGUCCUACAAGCUCAAGCGGCACCUGCAGUCGCACGACAAGCUGCGGCCCUUUGGCUGCCCGGUCGAGGGCUGCGGCAAGAGCUUCACCACCGUGUACAACCUCAAGGCGCACAUGAAGGGCCACGAGCAGGAGAACUCGUUCAAGUGUGAGGUGUGCGAGGAGACCUUCCCCACGCAGGCCAAGCUCAGCACCCACCAGCGCAGCCACUUCGAGCCCGAGAGGCCCUACCAAUGCGCCUUCUCGGGCUGCAAGAAGACCUUCAUCACCGUCAGCGCCCUGUUCUCCCACAACCGCGCCCAUUUCAGGGAGCAGGAGCUCUUCGCCUGCUCCUUCCCGGGCUGCAGCAAGCAGUACGACAAGGCUUGCCGCCUGAAAAUCCACCUGCGCAGCCACACGGGCGAGAGGCCCUUCCUCUGCGACUUCGACGGCUGCGGCUGGAACUUCACCAGCAUGUCCAAGCUCCUGCGGCACAAGAGGAAGCAUGAGGACGACCGCAGGUUCACCUGCCCCGUGGAGGGCUGCGGCAAGUCCUUCACCAGGGCCGAGCACCUCAAAGGCCACAGCAUCACCCACCUGGGCACCAAGCCCUUCGUGUGUCCCGUGGAAGGCUGCUGCGCCAGGUUCUCGGCCCGCAGCAGCCUCUACAUCCACUCCAAGAAGCACCUGCAGGACGUGGACACGUGGAAGAGCCGCUGCCCUGUGUCCACCUGUAACAAACUCUUCACCUCCAAGCACAGCAUGAAGACCCACAUGGCCAAGAGGCACAACCUGGGCCAGGAUCUCCUGGCGAAGCUCGAGGCGGCCAAUUCCCUCACGCCCAGCAGCGAGCUGACCAGCCAGGGUCACAGUGACCUCAGCGGGCCCGAGAUAGCCUGGAGGGCUCAGACAAUGGUAACACUCUGUUCCUCAAAACAAAUGGUGUUUACACGGAUAUUUCCACCUGGCUAUGCAUUUAUGAUUCAUGCCCAUUCUUUGGAUGAAUAUUAUACUUUCAUAAACCUUUUAUUUCAUUUAAAAGGAUCAAUAGUAGAAUAA